GCGCGCUCAGUGCAAACAUCUGCCCUCUCUGAUCUGAUGAUCUACAGGAGACUUCAGCUCUCCAUCGCACUCACUCUCCUCGCAUCAAAUCUCGGAUCAGGGAGACAUGGCCCUCCGUUAUAUCGCGCUCUUGAUCGCGGGACUGAGCGUCCUCACGUGCAAAACAUGGGCCAUAGUGGAUGUGAGCAUGGAAGACCGGGUGGAUGUAUUUUUAAAAGGCCAGGCUGAGAUCCCCUGUAUCUACACUCUGAAGGAACCAGCCAAGAUGAUAGUCUGGUUUACUAAAUGGCCAGGCAGGGACCAAAGCAGGAGAAGAAUCUACUACUAUGAUGAUCAGAAUGAGAUCAUUGAAGAGGGCAGUGAAUACGCCGGGCGGAUCAAAGUCACACACUCCCAUGAACCACAGAAUGCACGCGGAAGUGCCAUUCUGAUCAUCGACAAUGUGCAACUGAGUGACCAGAGGGAGUUCAUCUGCACUGUGCUUAAUGUGUCGACAGACAGCGCUGAAGGACACACUCGUCUCCAAAUAUUCAACUCACCAUCUCUACCUGUGAUUGAAGGUAUGCACACAGGGAUUUCUGUUACUGUGGAGGAGCCAUCAAAGGUUGCACACUGUAAAGUGGACGACGGAUAUCCCAGACCCAACAUCACAUGGUACAAGGACAGAUUUCCUCUCCAGCAAUCAGAUGGUGAGGUAAAGACCAUGGAGUCAGUGACAACCAAACCCAACAGCCUGUUAACAGUCGACAGUGAACUGUACAUUAAGGUUAAGAGGACAGAUGAAGAUGCCCUUUUCUACUGCGAGGUCAAGUACUUUGUCCCUGGUGGAGUUAGAAUGACAGAGUCCAAAAAAAUCAACAUCACAGUUUACUACCCUACGACAGAAGUAACAAUGUCCGUAAAUCCACCUGAUAGGCUUAUAAAAGAAGGCGACACUGUGGAGAUCCGAUGUGAGGGAAAUGGAAAACCUCAGCCCUUUUUUGAUUUCACACAUAAUGGGAAUGAGUUGAGCUCAAAUGAGGAAAUGCUGCUUCUGGAAAAUGUCAAGCGAUCAAGCAGCGGGACGUAUGUGUGCCAGUCAAUUGACUUUGACACAAACACUGUCGCUGAGGACUCCAUCAAUAUGACAGUGCACUAUCUGGAUCAUAUUGUGGUGACACCAGAGGAGACAGUUCUGGACCAGGGGGAAGAUCUCACCUUAACCUGCAACGCCUUGUCUUCUUUACCCACACAGACAGCAUGGUAUAAGGAUGGCAUGCGGCUGGUGGAGAGGCAUGUUUUGGAAUUAAACAAUGCCUCCUAUGACACUGCUGGGAUGUAUAUGUGUGAAGUGACAGUCCCUUCCCUGCCUGAGCUACGAGAACAAAAGUCUGUGCAAAUCAGUGUGCGAGGGAAGCCUAAGAUCACAGAGGAGAUAGCGGUGGGUCCAGUGAACAUGGCUGACCGCUCCGUUAACCUGACCUGCUAUGCAGAAGGCUACCCAUUCCCCACCAUCACCUGGACCCUCUCUGACCAAUGGACUGGGCAGCCUGUCCCUGUGCCAGAAGUGGAGAACCAGAAGACGGACACUGGUGUUCUCAGCAUGAUCUCUGUGAGGGCCGUGUCUAAACUCACAGCCAAUUGCAGCGCUGCCAAUGAGUUUGGGACAGUAAAUGUUUCUCGCAAGAUUGAAGCAUUUGCACGUGUGACAACAACUACAACCCAAGCCACCAGCACUAAAGGAACAGGAUUAACCAUUCCACCAAAACAACCACGUACAGGAGGUGGCAGCGGAGUCAUCAUAGCAGUCAUCAUCAUCUGCCUCCUCCUCAUAGCCAUACUGGGCAGCGUGCUCUACUUCCUCUACAAGAAAGGAAAGCUGCCCUGUGGACGGUCGGGAAAGCAGGAUUUCACAAAGGAAAAGGCCAGUAAGGAUGAUAUUGUGAUGGAGAUGAAAAGCGGUAAAUCGGAAGAGGCGGUGCUUCUACAAGUCAACGGAGACAAAACGUCCCCCACUGAAUAGGUCAUUACUUCUGAACAAAGAAUCACAUUAUUAGCUCUUCUACAGUUCACUGAACUCAAAUCCAAUCUUAAACAAGAUUUGUAAGGCUGACACUUACCGUGCCACGGAAACCUGAUGAUAUUUUCUUUCAAUUAGAGUCAAAGACUGAAAACAACAUGCACAUGUGGAGAGACACUAGCAGCCUUUGUCCUACAGUGCUCCGUCUCAGGGUGAAUCCCACUCGGAGUGCUCAAAGACCUCACAACACGUCCACAUCUUCCCCAAAAACGGCCACUUGAAUUCACACUCAUUUUUUUUUCUGCCCAUGUUUUAUAUUUGACCUGAUAUAUUCUGAUUCAAUAUACAGUAAGAUGAUCCAAAAAGCAACAAGUUCACUAUGGAUGACUCCACUCCAAUAUUUACAAAUUGUAUAUAAAUAUGGAAUACUGUAUAUAUUUAGCUAUUUAAAAUGCCUGAGACAUUUAAAAGGUUGCGCUUGAGUAUCUUUUCGAUAAUGCAAGUCCCUUUGUUGAGGGGCAUUUGUAGAGUGCCGAAGACUCAUUAUUUGCAAUGUGCUGUCAAUGUGUCUUAUUUGAACCUGCUCUCACCUCUGCCACAAUAGAAAGUACAUGCACUGAACCAUCUUUACCACUGGAAACAUUCAUCUGUCCCCUGGAUCAGCGCUGAAACUGCCCAAUGAUAAAGCUUGAGGGCAUUUUCUAUACAAAUCAUUUGUCAGGGAAAGUCUCUGACAUGGUUGACCUUUUAUCCAAAUACUAUAUGUAAGCAAAAUGUUAGGAUCAUGUCAUGCCUCUGUGUUUUUAUCUUUAUUUUUUUUAGCUAUAUCAAAUUAAGUUCCUUAUGUUCACUGCGAGGGCCGAGUGAUUGAGUUACAUUCACGUCAAAGUUUGAGCUAAAAAUGUCCCUCUAGCCUGAGAGGAAGUGUCCUGUAGAGCUCAGCUGUAUUUUUUUUUAAACUGCCGUUACCUGCUGUCCUCAUCAUGCACUGAAUGUAAAUAAUAAAGAGGUACAUGACCAACCCCUCCCAUUGUUACAUUUUAGAGGGAAUAUUAAAAUGCAUGUGGAAGUCUGCAUUCAUUUAACACGUUGGAGGGACAGUAGAACAGGACAAAAAAAAUUCAGGUGCUAUUUUUAUACUUUUUUUAAACCAUAUUUUGAAGGUUUAUAAGUUGUAUCCUAAUCUAUGCAGUAUGUACCCUGUACUGUAAGCAAAGCAGACCCAGACAGACGGAUACUACAUUUCUUAUUACACUGACGUUCACUCGUUUCAUUUCCUCUGGUUUGUUACACUGUUUUUGUUUUGUGUCAGUGGUAUUUUUGUUUAUGCUUGUUUUUGAAUUGUCCUGGUAUUUCUAUUAAAAAGGGCUGGUUUACUC